AGGUCUUUGGCUGGUCUGAAAUAAUUUGUCUGUGUUUUAUUAAGUUACUAUCGGUUUAGGUAUAACAAAGAAGUUCCCAUCUGGCGUGCACGCCGCGCCGGUAUCCACGAGACUUCGAACGGGUUCUGUUCUGCUGUUGUGUCGUUGUCAUCGUCAUUAUCGUUGCCGUCAUCAUCGUUGCUUCGAACUAAGAGAACAGAAAAUAAAUAUAGAGGGGAGCGUGAGCGAAUAAAAAAGCUAAGAACAAUAAUGCUGUCACACUGUGGUGUUCUCUAACGGGCUAGGAGAAAUUUUUGGCGGUAGGAAAGGAAAGGAAAGCACUACACGCGCAUCCGCGAAUCGCGAGAAAUUGAUGUCGUGCUUUCGCGAGAGAAGGGAGACCUCCAGCGUGUUAGACGACGACGACGACGACGAGGAGGAGGAAGAGGAGGACGAGGAGGGGGAGGAGGAGAAACAAGAAGAAGAAAAAGGUGAAAGUGAAUGGACGACGGCGGUAGAAAUAACCUAAAAAUAAUAAUCGUUCUCGCGUAGGAAUUAGUUACGUGGUGCAACACAACGAUAAGAGAAUCAUUUUCUCGAUAAAGAAAAUUCUCUAGAAAAAGAAAGAAGAAAAGUUUAAGAUAGAUAGAAAUAGAUAAAUCUUAGGGUGACGUCGCGAAUCGUUACAGGUGAUCGUCGUCAUGAUCGUUGUCGUCGUCUCACAUUGUCUACGAUGUCUCGUACCGUCGUACGCGUGACUUAGGUGAUAUUCAAAGAAACAUUCAAUUGCCGAUAAAUAUGGAUACUUGUAACGAAAACGUAGACCAAACAGGAUCCUCCGAUGUAACCGUCACGAAAAAAACCUGGCAGGAAAUUCGUGGAUCGGUUAGCGAUUUGAGAAGAAGAAUGUCAAGUGUAUCAGCAGGAUCAGUGCCUGGUUCUAUAACGUUUCGUUCUUUACCCGAUGGACGCACCAGAAUAUAUUUUCUCAGUACACCAUAUAAUGGUUGGGAAACCACACUUUUAUAUGUUGACAUUGCGCACUCUGAUCAUGCCAAUGGGUAUCGGCUUCAUUGGCAACCAGUUAUAGAAGCAAAUUUUCAGAGCGUAUCCAGUACAAAUAGAUUGUCCAAGGAAGAGCAGUUAUUAUGGGAAAGAAAAAGGCUAGCUACUUGGGGUAUAACUAGUUAUGAAAUUCAUGCAGAAAGUGGCAAGUUAGUUUUCCCAGCUGCGAGUAGUUUAUAUCAAUGCAUAGACACCGGCUUUAUGCCAGGACCCUUGUUCCCAUCUGAGAUUAGAAUAUCAACUUCUGGUGCUAAACUAUGUCCACAAAUUUGCCCAUGGAACAAUGCAUUAGUUUCCUACACUUGUUCCGGUGACUUAUACUUGUCGCAUAGCGUUACAGGAUCAUCGGUGAGAUUAACUCAUGCUAGGAAAGGAGGCAGAAAUAUGGCAGAUGAUCCUCUUACAGCUGGAACUCCUUCUUAUGUCAUGCAAGAAGAAUUCACUAGGUAUAUAGGCUUUUGGUGGCAGCCAAAAUCUAAUGAUGGUAUUUAUAGAAUAGUAUAUGAAGAGGUCGACGAAAGUGAAGUGAAAAUAUUUUGUUUCCCCUCGACCUCGAAUUCCGAGGAUGUAGAUGAAUUUAGAUUUCCUAGAGCUGGUAUGCCAAACGCUAGGAGUAAUUUAAAAAUGGUGCAAUUCCGAUUAACGGAAACUCUACAGAUCGUUGACGACGAAAUAUUAGAGCUUCAAUAUCCUCUACAGAUUAUGUUUCCAUGGAUGGAAUAUAUGGUUAGAGUUGGUUGGACCCCGGACGCCCAAUACGUUUGGGUACAAUUGUUAGACAGAAAACAACAAAAGCUUGAACUGGUUCUGUUAUCUGUCGACAAUUUUUGCGAGCCUCCUACGAGCGUAUACAAUACUAAAUCCUCGUCAGGAAGUGUUCAGGUUUUAUAUUCCGAACAGAGUGCCGUUUGGGUCAAUGUCAACGAUUUGCUUUACUUUCUGCCUUCGGAUGACCCAACCGAAGUUAAAUUUCUUUGGGGUAGCGAAGAAUCGGAUUUUAGACAUCUGUAUCUUAUAACAUCCAGUAUUACUGGAUUAAGUAACGGAGUAGAAGAAUCUUUGGAUCGAAUGGAUAGUAUCUUUCUACAGCCGCGCGUUACUUCCAAAAUUGCAUUGACCCAAGGUGAUUGGGAAGUAUUGGGCAAAAAAUUGUGGGUGGACGAGACCAAUUCUAUAGUUUACUUUUGCGGACUGAGAGAGGGCCCAUUGGAACAGCACGUUUACGCAGUUUCUCUUCGUCGUCCGCUAGAAAUAAGACUUUUAACAAGACCCGGUUAUAGUUAUAAUAAUGUAUAUUUUAAUAAGGAGUGCAGUAUGCUCGUCACCGUCUACAGCUCCAUCAAAAUAUUUCCCAUAUGUCAAGUAUUUAGGGUAUCCCAAACCGAUUGGACAGUAGAAAGUAUAACGUUAACUCCGGUUGGUUACUUGUUGGAACCAUCUUCUUCCGAGUCGGAUUUAUUCGCACCAGAGAUUUAUACGCAUAAAAUAAUGUCAGGAGACACGAUAUAUUCGAUGAUUUUUAAACCGCAUAAUUUCCAAACAGGAGUUAAGUAUCCUACGAUAUUAAAUGUCUACGGUGGUCCAGAAGUACAACUUGUAUCAAACACGUUUAAAGGUAUGAGACACUUAAGAAUGCAUAUGCUGGCUGCACAAGGCUAUUGUGUUGUUCUAAUUGAUUCUCGUGGCUCGCAGCAUAGAGGAUUGGUAUUUGAAAGCUAUUUGCGACGUCGUAUGGGAACUGUCGAAUUAAAAGAUCAAGUAGAAGUUUUAAGGUGGCUCGCGGAAACGACAGGAUACAUCGAUUUGAAUCGCGUAGCUCUUCACGGUUGGUCUUACGGUGGAUAUCUUAGCCUGAUGGGUUUGAUACAAUAUCCCGAUGUAUUUAAGUUGGCGAUAGCCGGGGCACCUGUAACAUCCUGGAAUUUUUACGACACCGGCUAUACCGAACGUUACAUGGACCUUCCUCAAAAUAAUCCUCACGGUUACAUGAGCGGUUCGGUUCUAACUUACGUUAGCAAGUUUCCCGACGAAGAAAAUAGACUUCUUAUUAUUCACGGACUGAUAGACGAAAACGUACACUUUUUCCACACCAGUCAGUUGAUCAACGCUCUUGUAAAAACUGGCAAACCAUAUCAAUUGCAAAUUUAUCCUAAUGAAAGGCACAGUCUCCGAAAUCUAGAUGCUAGUAAACAUUACGAAACCACCUUGCUAUCGUUUCUGCAAAAUUAUUUAUGAACCCACUCUUUCAUUAUGCUCACUUAGACAAAUUGAUUGACACAUCAACGGCUAGAUAAAAAGAAGAAGAA